UUUAAUCAAGUUUGUGCGCCCUGCAGCACAGCAACAAAACAGUUUACAAGAAGACUAGACUCAGGUUACGUACGUUUUGUCGAGCAUUUGAGGCUGAUUAUAGCAUAUCACAGCCAUGGGUAAAGAUCCUAGUAAGCCCAGAGGAAAGACGUCCUCUUACGCGUUUUUUGUGCAAACCUGCCGGGAGGAACAUAAGAAGAAAAACCCAGGGACUUCGGUGAACUUUACAGAGUUUUCCAAGAAGUGCUCUGAAAGAUGGAAGACUAUGUCCUCAAAGGAGAAGGGCAAGUUUGAGGAAAUGGCCAAAAAUGACAAGGUCCGCUAUGACCGGGAGAUGAAAAACUUUGUGCCUCCUAAAGGUGCAAAGGGAGGGAAAAAGAAGGAUCCAAAUGCUCCGAAGAGGCCACCAUCUGCGUUCUUUGUCUUCUGCUCUGACCAUCGCCCAAAGGUGAGGAGUGACAACCCUGGCGCAUCUAUUGGUGACAUUGCAAAGAAGCUCGGCGAGAUGUGGUCCAAGAUUUCACCAAAGGAAAAGACUCCAUAUGAGCAGAAGGCCAUGAAGCUCAAGGAGAAGUAUGAAAAGGAUGUUGCUGCAUAUCGCUCCAAAGAAGGAAAAGCAGAUGGUGGCAAGAAGGGUGGACCUGGCCGGCCUGCAGGAAAGAAGGCCGAAGCUGAUGAUGAGGAUGAGGAUGAUGAUGAUGAGGAAGAGGAGGAUGUAGAAGAUGAUGAUGAUGAUGAUGACGACGAUGAUGACGAUUAAGCUAUCAGGAAAACUUAUGCCGAGUUGUUUGCAAAACAAUGUGAAUGCAUUUUUUAGCAUUUAAAGUUUUUCAAUACAUGUACAGAAAUGUGUGUAAUUUAAUACAUAUUGAGGUCAUGUGCUGUUUUGUAAAUGUAACAGCAUUUUUUUUUAGCACUGCUUUUUGUCUUGAUAGCUGUGGUUGCUUUGGUUUCUUUUCCCUGUUCGUUAUGAUCUACUACUGCCAUUUUAAGACAAAUAAGGAACAAUUUGUGUAGUGUCAAUUUUUAAAACAAGCUUUAAAGUUGUGUAGACAAUCUUUUUUUUUUUUUUUUUUUUUUGUAUAUUGACCAAUUCCCCUUUUCACUGUGCAAUUUUGACUUAUUAAAUAA